AUGAAGAUGGAUCACUCAGGCAUGAAUCGCAUGGGAAUGGACCACUCCGGCAUGGACCACUCUGGAAUGAACCACCCUGGAAUGAACCACGGGGGCGACGACGAUAUGUGCGCCAUGAGCAUGGUAUUCACAUGGAACUACAAGAACACCUGCGUCGUCUUCAAUUGGUGGAAGAUCAAGACAUUGCACGGCCUGCUGCUCAGCUGCAUAGCCAUCGCCUUGAUCACAGGCUUUUACGAGUACUUGAAGUUCUACCUGUACAGAAAGAACCGCGACUCAGAGGCCGUUGUGACAUCCACCAGCGCAACAAACGGGAGCCUCAACUCCCCUAGCCCGCUAACGAAACGCUACGCCGUGUCCAGAAGUCUCUGGUACGGAGUACAAGUUGGCUACUCAUUUCUGCUCAUGCUGGUGUUCAUGACCUACAACGGCUGGCUGAUGCUCGCCGUUGUAGUAGGUGCCAUCUGGGGCCACUACCACUGGGGUAUCAGAUGCACACCUGAGGCAGGAACACUAGCAUGCCACUGA